UAAAAAUCACGACGGAGUUCUCUCAAACCACCAACUGCGACGGCGAAAUGUCACCGGCGAUUGUGAAAUCAAGCAGGAUUCGCCACAUUGUUAGGGUCCGCCAGAUGCUCUGCCGUUGGCGUAGAAGAGCCACAUCGUCGUCUCGAAGGUUGAUGGCAAGCGACGUUCCGGCGGGACACGUCGCGAUCUGCGUGGGUAUCAGUUGCCGGAGGUUUAUCGUGAGGGCAACGUACCUGAAUCAUCCGGUGUUCCAGAAGCUUCUGAGAGAAGCCGAAGAAGAAUACGGCUUCUGCAACAAAGGUCCGUUAACGAUACCGUGUGAAGAAUCGGAGUUCGAAGAGAUCCUCCGGUUCGUUUCUCGACCGGAACUUGAUAACAAUAACAAAUCCGGUCGGCUCGAAGACUUUCACAGAUUUUGCCACGUCGGUUACGUAGCGGAAUCUAAGCCGCUCCUUCAUGGAUCCGUGUACUAAAAAGCAGCUGCUCGUAAGGAGAAACUGAGUCAUCUCGGACUGAGUUAAACCGAGUUUGAUAAAUCUAACUACUAUUCUAAAA